AUGUCCGUCACCAUCUGCCAGUCCAUGGGCUUCGUGGUGUCUGCCCUGGGCAUCGGGGGCAUCAUCGCAUCCACCUGCAUGGACCAGUGGAGCACCCAGGACCUGUACAACAACCCGGUGACCGCCGUGUUCAACUACCAGGGCCUGUGGCGCACGUGCGUGCGGGAGAGCUCCGGAUUCACGGAAUGCCGAGGGUACUUCACCAUCCUGGGGCUGCCAGCCAUGUUCCAGGCCGUGAGGGCACUCAUGAUCGUGGGCAUCGUCCUGGGCAUCCUCGGCCUCCUCGUCUGCAUCUUUGCCCUCAAGUGCAUCCGCAUCGGGACCAUGGAGGACUCUGCAAAAGCCAACAUGACUCUGACCUCUGGCAUCAUGUUCAUUGUUGCUGGCCUGUGUGCCAUCACCGGCGUGUCCGUGUUUGCCAACAUGCUGGUCACAAACUUCUGGAUGUCCACCACCAACAUGUACCAGGGGAUGCAGAACGUCCAGAACAGGUACACCUUCGGCUCAGCCCUCUUCGUGGGGUGGGUGGCCGGCGGCCUGGCCCUCGUGGGGGGCAUCAUGAUGUGCCUGGCUUGCAGAGGGCUCAUUCCAGAGGAAUCCCGGUACAAAGCCGUGUCCUACAACGCGUCAGGACCGAACAUCUCCUACAGAACGGGGCCCUACAAGGGCUAUGAGCCCGACCCAAAGACCAGGAAGGGCCCAGGGUAUGAAGAAGCUCCUCGGAGUGAGGAGGGAAGACGCUCCUACCCUUCCAAACACGACUAUGUCUAGCAGACCUUCUGGGCUCAGCUUGUGCUCUCUCGUGUAUUUGUAACUUCAGAAGCAAAAAGUGCAGCAACCAAAGCAGUCUGUGAACAGGAUUGUGUUUUCUGUCGUGUUUUUUCUACUCUGAGGUUGCAUCCUGGACAUCAGUUUUAUUGGACUGCCUGCCACGAGGAGGUCUGUAACAAAACACUGCCUUCUGGUGCUCUCAGAG